AGAUCUCAUCCAAGCACUAUUAGAGUUGAUGAAGAACUCAACAAGAUCAAGACAUGGGAAGCAACAUCAACAUCAACAUCUAAGUCAAUUGCCAUUGGUUUUUCCUUGCUUCAAGAUUUGUACCUCUCAUUGGAUGCAUUUCUCAACAUGGCAUCAACACAACAUGUGAUUUCUCAAAACCAAGGUGGUGAUGAGAAAUAUUUUGAAGAGGUCUUGGAUGGUUCAAUGAGGGUUUUGGACAUUUGUGGCAUCACAAGGGACAUUAUGCUACAAAUUAAGGAGAAUGUUCAAUCCCUUCAUUCUUCUCUAAGAAGACGAAAAGGAGACUCAAGUGUUGAGAAAAGUGUGCUUGAGUACAAUUUAUUCACCAAGAAGAUGAAGAAGAAUGCCAAGAAGGUAAUCACAAAUUUGAAGCAUAUGGAUAGCAAAUUUGGGGUGUCACCAAUUUUGAAUCUUGGUGACCACUUUGGUGCUGUGGUUAGGGUUCUUAGGGAAGUGAUACUAAUGAACUUGUUUGUGUUCCAAUUACUAUUGUCUUUCUUCAACAUGUCAAAGUCAAAGUCAAAGUCAAAGUCAACCAAAUGGUUGAUGGUGGCAAAACUUGUGCACAAAGGGGUCAUAGCUUGUGAAGAUAACUCAGAAAAUGUCAAUGAGUUGCAAUGUGUGGAAGCAUCUCUAAGUACCCUUUUAAUUGAAGGGAUUAAUAAUGGUGAGAAGAUGCAUAUAGCACAUGAAAAGUUGGAGGCUUUGGAGAAUGUUCUAGAAAGCCUUGAUAAUAAUUUGGAUAGCACAUUUAGGAACUUGAUUAAGACUAGAGCCUCCCUUUUGAAUAUGAUCUCUCAAUAG